AUAUAUUUAUUUUUUGUUGUUACCUUGCACUGUGCUACAAGGAAAUUGCUAUUUGAUACCCCGUGAAUAUGCAUUGGUGUGAUAACGCAGAAAAAAACAUGAAUUUUAAACCCUUUUUGGGGUAAAAUCUGAGGCCCAAAACAUCCUUCUUCUGUGAGCUGAUGGAUUUCACACUGUUGCGUACCUCAUUCAACAAUUUCCUCAAGUUCCUUGAAGUGCAGUUGAUAAUCGAUGAUGCCAGGUACCGCCAGAGCACGACAAUCAAACUCGCUUCAAUGAACAUCAAAUCAUUCCCGAAUGCAAUAACCGAGAUACAGAGCAUUACCAAAGUGUGCAUAUCAAAAAACGAGCUCACAUCCAUCCCGAUAGAACUGCUCAAAUUGGUCGAACUCGAGACCUUCUAUGCAGACUACAACAAGCUCGAGAGGUUCCCGCUCACACUCUUCAAUGUAGAGUCGUUGAGGAAGCUCAACCUGAGCCACAACAACAUAGCAGAGCUGCCAUCAGACAUCGGUAAGCUUGUCAGCCUGGAGGUCCUUUGGCUCAAUUCGACCGGCCUCAAGUUCAUUCCUGAAGAGAUCAAGAACCUGACGAGCCUAGAAACAUUCGGUGCAAGGAAGAAUUCUAUAGAAGUGAUCCCAAAAGGAUUAUUGCAAAUAGCUUCAUUGAGGUGGUUGACGCUGAGGGAGAACCAGAUUAAGAACCUCCCAGAGGAAACGUCCUUGGGGAACCUCAUCCAUCUCAAUCUGUCGAAAAACUCCCUCCAUGAACUCCCAAAGUGUCUGUCACAAAUGAAAGCCCUUAAAUAUUGCUACCUGUCAGAAAAUCCAAUGAACAAGAACACAAAGAGCGCCCUGAAUAAUUUGAGGCACUUGGAACUACUUGAUUUGAUUGACUGCGGCCUGUUCAAGAAGAAUCCAAGGAACUAUCCGUUUGUCGAAGUUGAAAAAGACUCGGACGAUGAAGAUGAGGAGGAGGAGAGCAGCGAUUCAGAAGAUGCUGACUCUGAUACAUCAUCGGACUGGGUGAAUUCGAUAUCGUCAAGUGAUAUCAAUUCGAGCACCGAGGAAGAGGAUGAGCCGGAGGAAGGACGAAUCGACAAAAGGGUCUGGCCUUUUAUAGCGAAAUAUUGUCAAGUUUGCCCUCAAUAAAUUUGUAUUUAUAUAUUUCAUGUAUAUACAUAUAUAUUUUUUUAAACUGAA